CCGCACACAUGUAUAUAAAAGUGCUGUCACUGUCACACAGCACAGCAGAGUCACCGCAUCUUCAGCAAACACGAGGAGUCACCUGGAGCCAAAACCGUGUCUGUUUGACACCAGCCAUGCUCGUCCUCUCAGACCACGCUCCUCUCUACCAGAGUCUGCUCCUCUUUCUGUUCCACCUCUCCCCUGUCCUCUCCUGUCCUGGGCCCCCAUCUCUAUGUCGGGCUGCUCCCUUUGUACCGGGUCACAACCUGGCAGGGGAGGGCUAUAAUGUGGUCACCAUGCGCCGACAAGGAGCCUAUGUGAUUGACAUGAAGACCUCCCUCAAGCCAAGUGGCACCUGUGAACUCCAUAUCAAUCCUCUUCAAGGCAACAAGCUCCAGAAGACACCACUCUCUGUCGUGGAUUGGCGCUCAUACAGCCGCUGCACCGCAAACCUCAUCAGCAGGAAACUCUCCACCUCCAGCGCGCUACUUCAGGAAUACACUAACCAGGAAAGCUCUGGCUGGAAGUUGGGAUUCGACUUAUCGCGUAUAGUGUCCGUUGGCCUGGAUGUCGGGGGGACGCGCUCCAAUGCUUACAACUUUGCUUCAUCCAGGACCAAGGAGGAUCAUUACUCCUUCAGCAUUCACACAAUCACCUGUAGCCAUUACAGCUACCGAUUGUCAAAUAAACGACCUCUCAGCUCUGAGUUCAAAAGGGAUUUGGAGAACCUGCCCAAUUCCUACUCUUCUUCCACUAAGGCGUCAUACAGAAGGAUCAUAACGAUCUAUGGCACACAUUAUAUCAACAAGGUGUAUCUUGGGGGAAGGUACCGGCAAAUCGUAGCAACGCGUACAUGUCUGUCCAAACUGAAUGGCUUCACUUCAUCCCAGACACACCACUGCUUGUCUCGGGGUAUCAAAUUAGGCCUGGGGAUGUUAUCACUAUCUCCUUCAUUUAAAACCUGCUCCAAAGUCCUAAAGAACAAGGACACGGCCACUUCGUACAGCUCUGGGCUCUACCAGCAGUUAACAGAGGUUAUUGGAGGAACAGGUUGGGUGGGGUCCUUUGCACUCACCAAGAACGACUCUGUGGGCUUCCAGAAAUGGUUGAAAACCCUCAAGGAUCACCCUGAUGUUGUUCGGUACACCCUACGACCGUUGUAUGCGCUGGUGCCAAGAAGUUCACAGAAGUUAGGACUGAAGAAGGCCAUUCAGGAUUACUUAAAAGAAAAUGUCAUCAAGAAAUCGACCACAAGCCCGAGCUGCGGCAACCGUUACCCUAACCUGGAUUCGAGCUGCUGUCCUAAACAGGCCAAGAAGGGAAGGCUGGUUGUGACCAUCGUCAGAGCUUGGGGUCUGAAAGGAGAUUUUUUUGGGAAGACUGAGGCGUUUGUUAAGAUGUGGUAUGGCGGGAAAUACCACAAGACCCACCGCAUAAGGUCAAAUUCCCCUCGUUGGAACUCACGUUAUGACCUUGGAAAUGUGGACACACACAUGAGCCUGAAGAUUGAAGUCUGGGAUAAAGAUGUGUAUUUUGAUGACCGUCUGGGAUCAUGUUCGAAAUCCCUGCUCAAGGGGACAAGAACAUUCACGUGCCGACUCAAGAAAGGUUAUGUUGAGAUCAAGUACAGUCUCACCUGUGAUCGUCACCUGACUGGAGACCAAUGCCAGAAGUACAACCCGUCUCCAUAGAGAUAUGCAGUCUGAGUGUUUGGUCUUUUGUGAAAACCUCAGCAUAUAAAAAUGACUUCUCAGUCACACUUAGCUUUGGAAGAUUAUCUUUUAUACAUGCUUUUACCUCUUGAUUCUGGUGGCGGAGCCAUUUCUAAAGAUUUUUUCUCAAGCUGAUUUAUAUUUUUCUAUUUUUUUCUGUUUGUCAAAUCUUUGAGCUGUGUACUGUUACUGUUACUAUUGGUGUUAACAUGAUUGUGCCUUGGUGUGGUGUGUUCAAACAAAUACUGUAAAUUCAAAAUAAACAGCAUCCUCUCUUAA